AUGGCAUCUACGUCCUCCAAAAUCGAAAAGCGUGAGCCUCUCGAAAAGGUUACACUGCUGGGGUCCAACAAGGCUAAAGACACUGUUGCUUCCCAAGGAGUGACGUUGUCUCGGCACCACAGAUAUAUCUUCAAUGGUCUCGCCACAUCUCUCUGCCUCGGCGUUGGCACCUUACUCUCCAUGGCAGCCUCUGAGUCCCUAGCCGGCCUCGUCGUCAUUCCGCUGCACAUCAUCAAUCUUAUCCUCCUCGAACGCCGUGGGAAACCCCUGCCUGUAAUUCUCAACAUGAUCUAUUUUGGAGUUUCUGCUUUCUUGGCCUGCUUCACCAGCCUUGGCUACAGCCUUGGCGCCAUCUUCUUUCAACCAAGACGUUGUGACCAGGUUGAUCCCUAUUUCUCCGAUGUUCCGCCAUGGAGCGCCGCACAGGUGGAGGAAUGCGAUGAAUGGGUAGUGAAGUAUCAAGCAUCAAUCUGCAUCUUUGUGGUGUUGUUGGCCUUGUAUGGCAUUGUGCAGAUGGCGCUUUUUAUCGCCGUCGUCGUUGAUGUUUUCGAUAACACUCAGAAUGGCACUUCGGAAGGCUCGGGCACUCUGUGGUCACUCCCAGUUGGCCGAUUCUCAGUUGAGCUGAGCUUCAACUGUGGUCCUCCAAAGACCAAUGCACCGCAACAGCAAUCUAAAACUGUUGAGAUAACGCAGUCCUCGGGGCGGUUCACCACACUAAACUGGGCUUUGCAAUGGAGGAUUUGGUUCGGGAAGACUAUGGCCGGUAGAAAUAGCCUGUACAAGAACCAAGAACGUCAAAUAUUGGCACUCAAGCGGAAUUGUAUUCAGAAAUCGUCACAAUAA